AUGACAAGUAAAUAUUGUUGCCAACAUGAUGAAUUUUCUUUAAGAAAGCUUAAAAAAAGUGAAGAUUUCACUCUUUACCUUGAUGAAUUACUAGAUCAAGAUGAGUUUCCAAAGAUUCAGCCUGGUUACUGCACAGAGGAAUGUAAAGAAAAAAUGAAGGAGAUUUAUAGAAUAACAUUCGAACGUUAUAUUGAGACUAUAAACAAAUAUUACAGUGACAGCAGAAUUUUUGAAUAUAACUUGGGAAAAAAUCCUCGAGGAUGUGAUAUUUGGAUGUAUCGAGAAUUUUUCAGUACUCCACCCCCUAUCUCUCCCCAAGAUGAAUAUGCUAGAAUGGUCAUAAAAGCAAUGAAAGUUGGUAUUAAAGAUGGAAAGCCUGUUAGAUUAUGUGAAUUGCCACCUGGUGUACAAUGUGAUUUUGAUGCAAAAAACCUACCUGAUUCUGAAGAAGAUGAAUAG